CAUGUCUCAGAAUUCAAAACAAACAGUCGCCAUUAUUGGCAGUGGCUGGGGCGGUUAUAACCUGGCACAUGCUCUCGAUACCCGUAAAUAUAACGUGUUAGUAAUCUCGCCUGAAGCCACUUCUUCCAUUACGCCACUACUAGCCAGUGCAGCAUGUGGUCUUUUCUAUUCGCAAUUGGCUCAGGAGCCUAUCCGACGCAAAAAUCUUGAAGUCCAAUAUAUCAAGGCCAAUGUGCUGGGCAUUGAAUUUAGUGACAAGACCCUGUUGUGUCAGCCAGCGUUUGAUUCCCUCAAGGACAAGCAGUUUAAGAUUUCCUACGACAAGGUGGUCAUCUCUCCCGGGUGCUCCACUAACACCUUUAAUACCCCCGGUGUGGACGAGUACGCCUUCAUGGUGAAGAACGUCAACGAUGCUGAUGCUAUCCGUGACAAGAUCAAUCAAAACCUGGAGAUGGCUUCGUUGCCGUGCACCGCGGAAGAGCAGCAACGGCAGCUCCUGCAUAUUGCCAUUGUUGGCGGUGGACCUACAGGUAUCGAAAUCGCCGCCGAAUUGACGGAUUUGUUCCAGGGUGAUCUGAUGAAAUUAUACCCGAAUCUCCAGGGAAAGGCUUCAGUGACGGUCCACGAUGUUGCACCACAAAUAUUAGCACCUUUUGACCGUAAGCUCUCCGAAUACGCUAAGGAUUCCCUUCAGAAGCACAAAGUCGAGAUCAAGACAAACUCACAUAUUACGAACGUCACGAGCGAUAUCAUUGAGACACGAGAAGACGGCAAGAUCGCCUAUGGUAUUCUGAUCUGGGCAACAGGAAAUAAGAAUCGUCCGAUUGUGGACACGAUGAACGUGAUGAAGACCAACCACGGUCUGAAGCGAAUUCUCACCGAUGACGGACUUCAGGUCCUAGAUAUCAACGGCACCGCCAUCCCAGAUGUAUAUGCUAUUGGCGAUGCGGCUGAUAUCGAUGGUGCGAGUCUGCCCACUACAGCUGAGGUCGCCGUCCAGAAAGCUAUGUAUUUGUCUCGGCAAUUGAACGCUAGUUGUCGCACUAAGCCGUUUCAGUACCAGCAGCGUGCGCUCGUCACGUACACUGGGGCAGGAGACGGUGUCAUGGCUGGAAAACGUGGCGAUGAGUAUACCGGGCAUGGGGCUUGGUUGAGUUGGCGGUCAGGCAAUUUCUUCUGGACGCGGUCCUGGAAGCGGAAAUUCAUGAUUUGUUUGGCGUGGUUCAUGGAUUGGAUUGAUGGACGUGAGUUGGCUCGUUUUUAA